AUGUGUGGAGAAAGUUCUAGUGUUGACGAUAACGUGUGUUCAGAGUGGCAUCUUAAGCUUACAACUUUGUUAAAAAAUUACGAGCCACGAAACGUGUUCAACACAGAUGAAACCGCUCUAUUUUUUAAAUGUUUACCAGAUAAGACUUUCACCUUUAAAGAAGAAAAAUGCCACGGCGGGACACAUAGUAAAGACAGGUUAACGAUUUUACUAGAAGUAAACAUGGACGGCUCCGAAAAGUUAACUCCACUCAUAGGAAAAGCUGCCAAACCUAGGUGUUUAAAGGGCAUACGUUCAUUUCCUGUAACUUAUCGUUCAAAUAAAAAGGCAUGGAUGACGACAGAAUUAUUUAAUGAAUGGUUGGUUUCACUCAAUGAAGACAUGAAAGAACAGGAACGCAAAAUUCUACUGUUUUUAGACAACUGUACAGUUCAUAAUAACCUCCCCCACCUUUAA